GGGACUUAGGAAGCAAGACAAUACUGGUGUUUGUGCAACGGCCCCUGAGUGGCGGCUGGCUUUCUCAGAUCUCUCUUGCUUCAUGUCCAGUGCUGCAGCGUUGCUGAGGUGAGAAGAAGGACUGAGAUGAAGUGACAGAGACAGUGCAAGGGAAGCUGAAUUUGAGGUGCAGCAAAGCAGAAAAGCCAGCUGCAACGCAAACAUCCAGCCCUGGAUUUUUUUGAGGACAGCACAAAGGAAGGCAUCCACCCAGUGAGAGCCGCACAGAAGUGAGUCGUCCUCUUCUACCACAUUAAAAGGAUCUGGAAGGUGUGGGAGGGGGGAGCUGAGCGGCAGUGACACCUUUGGGGGGGGGGGCGUGCUGAAGAGAACGAGCAUUGGAGCUGGGGAAAAGAGCCCCCAAUCUACCACGAUGGGAGACAAGAAAGUUAGUCUCCCAGCUAAGCUGAUUAAUGGGGGCGUGGCGGGCCUGGUCGGUGUGACAUGUGUAUUUCCUAUUGACCUGGCAAAGACCCGCCUACAAAACCAGCAGGGCGUCCAAGUCUACAAAGGAAUGUUUGACUGCCUGGCAAAGACAAUACGCUCAGAGGGCUAUUUUGGAUGCUACAGAGGUGCAGCAGUAAACCUCACACUAGUCACACCGGAGAAAGCAAUCAAACUGGCAGCCAAUGAUGUCUUCAGACAAAAGCUUUCAAAAGACGGACAUUUACCCCUGUGGGGGGAAAUACUGGCUGGGUGUGGGGCUGGGACCUGUCAGGUGGUGGUCACCACACCCAUGGAGAUGCUCAAAAUCCAGCUUCAAGAUGCAGGACGACUAGCUGCACAAAGGCCCAUGGCCACUCCUAGUCAGACAGCUGCUGCUGGUCCUGCUCCAUCAUUAGUGGCCUCUGCAUCACAAGCCCGGCCGGCUCGUCCCCAACGGCCUUCGGCAACAGGCAUCACAGUGGAGCUGCUGAAGACCCGUGGCCUGGCGGGCCUCUACAGGGGGGCAGGAGCAACAUUAAUGAGGGAUGUCCCCUUCUCCAUGAUCUACUUCCCCCUGUUUGCCAACCUUAACGCACUGGGUCGUGAGGCAGCGGAGGGCCACGCUGCAGUUCAGGUCAGGGCACCGUUCUGGCAGUCCUUUGUGGCCGGCUGCUCUGCCGGCUCCAUAGCAGCCGUGGCUGUAACUCCGCUGGAUGUGAUUAAGACUCGUCUGCAGACCUUACAAAAAGGUGAAGGGGAGGACACAUACAGAGGGAUUGUUGACUGCACAAGGCGCAUCUUGAGUCGGGAAGGCCCGUCGGCGUUCCUGAAGGGUGCAGCUUGCCGGGCACUGGUCAUCGCUCCUCUUUUCGGUAUCGCACAGGGUGUCUACUUCCUUGGGGUAGGGGAGGCGGUUCUGGGUUUACUGGAAUAACAGUGACUGGCAGUGGUGGCUGUGAUUAUGCUGUCUAAAUACAAGCAGAGAACACACAAAGAAGCACAGCCACACUCUGCUAACCAAAGGAGGAGAAAUAACAAAGAUGUUGGACCAGCGGGUUCACUCUAAUAACUGUUAUCUAGGUUUUUACAAGCUGCCAGCAAAGUUCUUAUGGUUAAACAAGGUCUUUUGUAGGUCUGUGUAACUAAUGUGUGUGUGUGUGUGCAGAGUCCUGGUUAGCCCAGGGUGCUGAACACCACAUUUGCUUGAGAUAUUAUUCUCAUUUCCUGUAAAUAAAGACCUGAUGAAUAUUUUUACAGCUCCUAAACUAAAAUGCCUGAAAAGUGUGACUGUUUCUUCAGUCUGUGCAACAUCAAGAGGAAGUGACCCAUUUAAAUCAUACCUAAAGCGGUUGUUUAUUAUGCCUUGUUUAAACCAGGAGCUCAGCCUCUACCUGCCCACUCUGUUAUGCGAUCCUCCCACUCUAUUCUGUAGGUCAGAGUUGUAAUCUGGAUUCUUCUGCUGGACUGGGAGGUUCUCCCUGCCAAUCUCUCUAAGGUCAUUUGUUAAUCUGACGGUAAUUCCUUAAUCCCUGUAAUAGCUUACAAUUCAAUUUACAUCACAGCUAAACGUCCUGUUAAAAGGCCACAGGUUAGACUGCAAGACAACACAUUGCCUUCCAGGCAUUGUCACUUUGAAUUUAUAUACCAGUAAUAAUAAAAAAUGCUUUUCCUCCAGAUUUAUGGUUUAAAAUACAUUGCUAUAAAUGAUAUGCGCACAAUAACUAAGGACAAUGCAAUCAACGCCUUAUCAAUGCUGUAUGUUUAAAACUGUAUGACAAAAAAUAAAAUAGAAAAUAAGUAAAAAAAUCAUAUUUUCUUUUGAAAGGGUGGCUCUGUUUAGAGGUUAUAAGAAGUAGUAGAAAACUCUCCCAAGGUCUUUACUUCUAUGAAACAUCAUCCCUGCAGAUAGAAAAACAAAAAAA